AUGGUCAUUUGUGGUGAUUAUAAUUCAGUUUUACAGGUGGAAGAUCGUUUACAUGGUGCUCCUAUUUCUACUGCUGACAUUAGAGAAUUCCAAAGCUGUAUUGAUGAUAAUGAAUUGUACCAGGUGAUGAUAAUGAAUUGUACCAGAAAUGUCUCUGACCAUAACCCGUUAGUGCUGGAUUUUGAUGUAAACGUCGUGCAGCGAAGCAGGCCAUUUAGAUUUUUGAAUGUAUUAUCUGAAUACAAUGAUUUCCAGAAUUUGGUGGCUGCUCAGUGGAAGUUUAAGCAGCAUAACCUUCCUCUUCUUGAUGGAUGUUCCUUAAGAGUGGAGACACUUCGAGGGGAACUUCAGCAUGUUCAGACCCAGACGACCUUGAGGUUAGGUGAUGUUAGCCUAAUUGAUAGGGAAAAGUCUUUACUGCAGGAACUGGAGAAAUGGAGCAAGAUUGAGGAGGCCAUUUGGAAGCAGAAAUCUCGAGCCACCUGGAUACAACUAGGUGACUCUAACACAAAGUUUUUUCAGUCUUAUGCAAAAGAACGGUUGAAUCAGAACGCCAUCAAACUUCUAGUGAAGGAUGAUGGGACUAAACUCAACACUCAACAUCUCAUUAAAGUCGCAUUUUAUAAGGCUCUUAUGGCUUCAUCUGCUACCUAUUUGCCUAUGUUGGAUAGGUCUAUACUCUAUAGUGGAGAGCGGACCUCUGUUGGACAGCAUGGCUCAGAGUCAGCUUUGUUCCCCAGUGAGUGCAGAUGA